AUGCCACGAAACAAAUCGUCGAAAACUAACAGUAACUCUAAUUCAAACGAUGAUGAAAAAUCAGAACUUAUACACGCACGUAAGGUAAUUUCAGCUCAUUUAUCUCGUUUUUCUCAGUUUUUAAAAAUUCAGGAAGAUAUCGAAAAUAUUCUAGACGUUGAUGUAUUUCAAAUUGAAAGCAGGUUAAAAAUCGUGGAAGAGGAUAUGAGUAAAUUUAAUCGAAUUCAAACCCGUCUAGAGUACUUAGUACCAGAUGAAGAUGAUCAAGGCUUACAUUUGGAAACGUUAUUUUAUUCGGAAAUAUCGUUGGCAAAAAAGAUAAUAUCAUGUUUUAACAAAUCUCAGCAAGAGAUAAUCGAAAAUAAAGUAAAUUUCAAUUCAUCUCGCACGCAACAAGGAACGCAAGGCUCUGCAGUUGCGAGGUUACCACAUUUAGGUCUGCCUACAUUUUUUGGCAAUUACGAGAGCUGGUUUAGUUUUAUUGACAUUUUCGACUCGAUUGUUAAUAAUCGCACGGAUCUAUCGGAUGUAGACAAAUUUUUAUAUUUGAGGUUAUCAUGUAAGGGAGACGCAUUAAAAUUAAUAGAAUCGUUAGACGUCACGGCAAGUAAUUACUCGGUAGCCAUAGAACUAUUAAGGAAGCGUUAUGAAAAUCGAAGAGCAAUAAUUAACACGCACGUAAAUAAUAUUUUGUUUAACCUACCAACUAUUACACGCGAAUCAGCAUUUCAUUUGCGAAAACUAUUGGAUACUUUACACCAGCAUUUAUCCGCGCUGGAAAAGUUACGACUGCCGGUUGAUCAGUGGGAUAUUAUUUUAAUUCCAAUUAUUUUACAAAAACUUGACGACAAAACUAAACGCGAUUGGGAAUCAAAACAAAACGACCAAAGUUUACCCAAAUUAAAAGAUUUUACCGAAUUUUUAAGGAAAAAAUGUUUUAUGUUGGAAGCGAUUCAAGAUAACGAUAUCCAAAAACCAAGUUUAAAAAAUCAAAACUUUCGUGAGACUAGCAGGCAAAAUUCGAAUAGUAGAAAAUUAUCUUACGCGUCUGUAGAUUUAAAGUGCCCGGUAUGUAAAGAAAGCCACUAUGUGUAUCAAUGUAAAAGAUUUAAUAGUUUAUCACUAGCUGACAAAUACAAUGAAAUAAGAAAUCAUAAAUUAUGCGGAAAUUGUUUACGAUCAGGACAUUUCAAAAACGACUGUCAUUCGCAAGGUUGCAAAAAAUGUAACUUUAAGCAUAAUACGGCUUUACAUGUAGAUAGACAAAAUUCCCGAACAUUCGAACAGCAAAAUAGAAGCAGCAACAAUGUACCACAUAAUCCAAGCAAUAACAGAUCGCAGGUACGACAGCAAACCGAUGGCCCAGGCAGCCCUACAUCUCAAAGAAAUGAACAGGCGAAUUUUGGAGAAGAAAACGUUAGGCAUACUAUGUGCAUCGUAGACCGGAAUACUGACCGAAUUGAAACGGAUUUGAAUAAUAAAAAUAUUACAGAAAAUAGCAACGUCGGUAAUUCAUAUUCGUACACAAGUGUUGAUUCAAGUCAAGUUUUGCUAUCUACGGCGAAAAUAUUAAUUCAAAAUUCCGACAAUAAAUGGAUAACUUGUAACGCGAUCCUAGACUCGGCAAGUCAAUCGAACCUAAUAAGUGAAAACUUAUUUAAAAUAUUGAAGUUAGGAUACGAUAACGUAAAUAUUAGCCUAUUAGGAAUCGGUCACAGCGAAACACAUAUUGUUAAGAGAAUGCAUACAAAAAUAAAAUCGCGAUUCGAGAAUUUUGAAAGAAAGUUAACAUUUUUAAUCAAACCAGGUUAUGUCACGGAAAGAUUACCAACUGCUCAAUUUAAUAAAAGUUCAUUUAGAUAUCCGAAUAACAUACAGUUAGCCGACGAGAAUUUUAACGUGCCUAAAGAGAUCGACGUCUUAUUAGGUGCAGGUAUCUUUUUUGAUUUAGUUAAAUACGGAAAAAUAAGACUGGGGAAUAACUUACCCAUUUUACAAGCUACAUACCUCGGUUGGGUAAUUGCGGGAAAUCUUAAUGUAGAAAAUCAUAUAGUUAACGACAAACCGAUCUGCAAUUUUGUCUCGGAAGUAACGAACCAAGAUCUUGAUAAAUCUUUAACGAAAUUUUGGCAGAUUGAAGAGUUAGAAAAUAAAAAGCAUUUGUCGAAAGACGAAAAAUACUGCGAAGAAUACUUUAAGAUGACAACAAGGCGAAAUUCAGUGGGUCAAUUUAUAGUUAAAUAUCCAUUUAGACAAAAUUUAAAUUAUCAGUUAGGCAAUUCGAAGAAAUGUGCAUUAAAACGGUUUUAUAAUUUGGAAACACGCUUUAAGAAAAAUGAAAAUUUUAAAGAUCUUUAUACAAAAUUCAUACACGAAUACGAAGAUUUAGAUCACAUGCAAUUUAAUUGUUAUUUAGAAGAUGACAAAUCAAUAGAAAGGAAUCGUUCUUUUACCUCACAGUGCGGUAAUAAAAGACUCAAUUACUACACGGUGUAG